AUGGCUUCUGGACUGAGUCUUCUUGGUGCGUUGCCUGCUGGCUUUAGCAGCAAUGUCUCAGGGUCAUCGUGGGCACAUUAUGAUGCGAAGAAACUUGCUGUGUUACCUGGUCAUUUCAAUCGCUCGAUCUUCGAUCCGCCAUGGGUAGCUGAAGUGGAGAAUCCUUCUCUCCUCUCCACCAACGAGGUCUUCAACACAAGCGACUUCAUCGCCUUCUCCCCCUCCUUCUUCUCCCUCAUCGGUCCUUCCGCUCAAGUCUCCCGCGAAAUCUCCUUCGCAGACAUCACCAACCACGAAGCCUCCUGCUACAUCCCCUCAACGAAGCAGCUCUUCUUCGUCGCCUGGGGCUACUCCCAUAACUGGCAGCUCGUACUCGACGUCGAGACCAACACCUUGAAAAACAUCACGACUUCGCCGCCAACAUGGAAUGUUCACGGGUGUGUGCACUAUGACGACUUCCUGUAUGUAGCUACGGAUGGAGGAGAUGAUGGUGAAGGCGGCCAGUAUGCUAUUAUUGUGAAGAUUGACCCGAAGAACUGGACGGCUGAGACGGUGAUAAACAAUUUCUACGAGAUGCCGUUCUUGGGGUUCAAUGAUUUAGAUAUUGACCGGAACGGGAAUUUCUGGGUCACGGAUUCGAUUUCCGCAUGGGGCCGUGAUGUAACGGCUUUCACCCCGCAAACAACACCCGCAGUCUACUUCAACAACGCCACCACCCUCGUCCCCAAAUGGGUGUUCCAAACCCCUGGCAACGCAAACGGAAUCGCAUCUCAUCCUCCUUUACGCUCUACAUCUCCAGCACAGGGAUCUCAUCCGGUCGUCCCAAUGUCAAAGAUCCUUACAAAGAUCGACAGCUGA